GUGGGGACAGGAAACGAUCCUCCUACCAGAGACAUCCUACCCUGAGGGGUGAUAGAGCGGUCUAUAAAGACCUACCAGCAUCUCCACGUGGAUGAUCGGGGUGCAUACCAACUACUGCUGCUGCUGUUGAUCUUCAAUCCCAGUCGGAAUGACUUACCUACCCCCGGACUAUCCGACUGUCAUGAAUGAGGCCGAACCAUCUGUCGUGAUGGCCGAGCAGUCCCCCGCCGAUCUGCCUGCGAUCGCUGUCGGGGCCAGAAACUGCGCUGUGAGCGGCCAGUUUCCAACUCGAGUGCGACUCCCUGUCGGCGUUGCCUCAAAGCCCAUGUUCGCUGUGUGACCACCAUGUCACAACCGCAUCGGACGAAACCCUUGUCUUCACUUCCCUCCCUGCAUCACACCGAGUCCAACUAUGAUCAUCAUGCGGCCACCGUAGCGGGGCAACCCACCGUGGCAGCAGCAGCAGCGGCUGCAGAUCUGGGAGACUUGGAUCCUAGCCUGCUGGACAUGACUGGUGUGCAGAACCCUCGUCGUUCCUCACAUUCCCCCAGCAUGACAAACCCAUGGGACUCGCGGCCCGGUCGCCCACGACAGUUGUCCAAUUCCGAUCACUUCCCUCCAAACGGCGUGCUGGAUACGGACGGGACACCGUUGCUGGACUCCAUUGACCAGCUGCCAGAUCUGAGUGCCAGCCGUGGGUUUGGGUUCGGCGCCGCACUCACCCCACACUCUCCCUCCGGGGGCUCGGACUUCUUCGACUACUUUCGUCCCAUGACGGAAGACAACAAUCGGUCGGCAUGGAUGGACCCUUUCACUCAUCUACCCCAAGAUCACGGCGAGGGAACCCCUGUGGGGGGCAACUACCACGGAUCUGCAGGAAGGACCCAGUUCCGGUCCUCAUUGCAGUCUUCUCGGGGGGUAAACGGGUUUGAGACGCCCCAUCGCGAGAUGGACAUUAUGAGCAUCAAGAACGAAUGCAUUGCACGAAUGGGCGAGUUGAACCGCAGUCUGCUGCAGGACGUCGGGCUGGUCAACUCGGGCAAAGUGGCUGGAACUUUGCUGUUCUCGCAAGCCUCUCGCUCGACGUAUCUGGAGGUCGAGAAGGGUCGCCAGGGUGGCCAGAACUACCUGAUCGGAAAGAUGUUCCACAGCUCCAAGGAGCUGCUGGAUAUUCUCAAGCAGUUGGAGCGAUGCCGCGGCACUCUGUUCCACCCGGGAUGUACCGAGCCCACGACUACCAGCACCGCUGAUGAGACCGCCACCACGCUGAACCUUAACACCACUGGGCCCCAUGCCCCUUCUUCACCUUCACCCUUGGCAGGGAAUCCUCUCCCAGCUCUUUCAGGGCCUGCACCGGGCUCAGCCUCCCGUUCCUCUUCUCGCGCCUCCUCAUCCUCCUCCUCUGCUGCCUCUAUAUCCGGGAACUCCCAAUCCUCCUCCACCUCCGCCCCCAACACCUCCCCUGCUAUUUCCUUCCAACUCGAAACCACCCUCACCCUCCUCUUCCUUACCGGCUACACCAGCUUAAUCCAGCUUUACGAGGGCGUCUUCUCCUUUAUCCGCGAUUCAGUGGCUGCCAACCCGACGGGCUCAAACUUCCUGCCGACCCUGCCCAACCUCCAGGUUGACGGUCUCGAGGUCGGCAGCAGCACACGCGACCUGCAGAUCUGCAUCCUACUGCAGGUGAGCACGCACAUGCUCAACCAGAUUGAAGAGCGACUACAUGCUAUUCGCGACCGUGCAGAAGGGCAUGUCCCCGCUGCGCUCCUGGACACAAUCCUCGAUCGGAGUUAUCCAUCGCAGCGCGGGGCCAAGGGGCGGCAGUUGUGUCGGAUCGUGCGGGAGAUCAAAGAGCAUCUGAGGCAUCAUGCGGAGUAAUUAUUCAUGACAUUAAUAUAAUACCUGGGGAAAAUUAGCUUAUGACUUUCUGAUAUAAAAAUGGAAUGACUUUUAAACUCAC